AUGUCUCUGCACUACCUCCCCCCCGUCAAGCCUUCGGCCAUUGCCCUCGGCACCAUCUUCAACCACACGGCUGAGCUUGCUGUCUUGACUCCCCUCUUCGGCGCAACCUACCAGCGCGCCAAGGCUGCCAACACCAAGGAGGAGUUCGCUCGCUCCAAGGAGGCUCAGGGUGCCGCCGUCGCUUGGGGUACCUCCCUCGUUGGCUCUGCCCUCCAGUCGUACGGUGUCGGCGCCCUCAUCAACGCCACUGGCACUCUGUCCUACAAGGGCGCUGCCUACCUCGGCUCUUUGAUCUUCUUCGCUACUUCUGCCCCCGGCUACAUCUCCCAAGUCUUCGUCGAGAAGCGUCCUGUUGACACCGUCGGCGUCAGCGUCUUGGCCAAGGUCAUCGAGACCGUCGGUCUGUCGGUCUUCCUUACCUGGUGGGGAACCCGCACCAACCCCUUCGACUAA